GGAGCAAGGUCAUUGUUCUGAGGAAAGUAAGAACGUUAUGCAUCAGUACCUAGCAACCAUAGUGUUCCCGUGCACUGACGUUGCCACGACAUAUUACCCGUGCACGUUGGCACAGAUUAACGUAGCAUCUAUCGAAUGUUACGCUAAAAAUGGCGUAAUUGUGAACAAUGCACUGGUACCCACGCCAAGCACAUUGUCUAAUGCUGAUGAAAUGUGCGGCUCUAAAAGCACGAUUCAGUCAUGCAUAAAAAGCCACAUCACGAGAUGUCUGUACGAACCUCAAGUCACCACGUUGUACGGGUCCGCUGUAGAGGGAUUCGAGGCCGGCUAUAAUUGCAUGUGUUCACCUGACAACUUUGACAUGAUUCUGAGAUGCGCUGCCACAGCGGAUGUGACGACAGCAAUGUCAAAAUUUACAUCCAGCGUUCACAAUCAUAGUAUCGCAGGGACACUGGAUAAACAGACUCAGUGCGCACUUGAAAACACUAUGGCGGCGGAGAUAAGCGCGUCAGUUGAGAUGAGCUGUGACGCCUCUGACAUGGUACGUCAUUGGAGAGCUUACAUAUCCACCGUGAUUUACCCGUGCACAGAGACCGCCACUGCAUGUUACCCAAAAAGAAUGUUCAACGGAGGCGAAACCCUAGAAUCAAUGAGGGCUCUACUCAUCAGUUUUGUUGGAUUUCUUUUCUGCUUACGUUAUUUAUAAUCUUUUUGAUAAAUUAUGGAAGCUGG